AUGUUUCCAUUGAGUUCAGCGGCGAGAAGACCGCUAGGUAAACAAUUAAUCAUCAGAUAUGAUCAAUUACAAUUCCCAAAAAUGAAUAAAACCCAUCGUGGGUUUGCCACAUUUCAAGCUGUUGCAGAUACGUUUACCGCAGUACAUGAAGCUAGUGGUAUACCGUGGUUGGUUCUGAUACCGACAACGACAUUUGCGUUAAGAACUGUCUUUACUUUACCAUUUAGUAUAUGGCAACGUAAACGUAUUGUGAAACAACAAGAAUUGAGAAAAGUGGUUCAAUCGAUGACACCAAUAAUAAAAUUACGUUUAGCUGCUGCAAAGGCUAGCGAAGCACAACCUGUAAAUAAGAAUGUAACCAUAACAUCAAAGGCAAUCAUUACAAAAAAAUCGAAGAUUCCAGAUAUUAUUCAACAGGAGACCAAUAAACAAUUAACCCCAGAACAAAUAGUUUUAAUAGCAGCUAAAGAAACGCGUAAGAGACAGAAAUCCAUCUUUAAGAAACAUAAAGUCCAAAUGUGGAAAAAUAUGUUAUUACCUGUUGUACAAAUUCCAUUAUGGUGUACUGUCUCCAUGGGUAUAAGAAAACUGACAGAAUGGAAAAUUGAAGGUUCUACACAUGCAUGGUUUGAAAGCUUCAAGUUCCAUGAAAUUGAUCUUACUGGUCCGCUUGAUGUAUAUCCUAUGAUUAUACCAAUAACGUUAGGUAUUGUAUCUUUAUUAAAUGUUGAAUACAACGGUAAAAUGUUAUUGAGAAGGACUACCGAUGUAGUUGGGAUAGAUACGUAUCAGGAUGAUAAUUCAAGGUUAACUCAAGGUAUCAAGAGUGUAUUAAAUGUCUCUAGGAUCGGUUCUGUAUUCAUGAUGGGUGUAUCUUCUCAAGCAUCGAUCCUAUUAUCAUUAUAUUGGAUCAGUUCUAAUUUAUAUUCUUUAUUACAAAAUAUUGUAUUGGAUUUUUUAUGGCCUUAUCAAAAGUAG